AUGUCAAUCUGUCUGCAGAGAAAGAUGAUUAUCUUGCAAUAUCUGAUGGUUGUGCUCUCUAGCUGGUCCCUGGGAGAAACUUUUAUUCUGAAAUCCUCAGGGCAGAAACCCAAAGCAACUCCAACAGACUCUGCUCCAGUCAUCACUCUGAACAGGUGAGACACACCUGGAAUAUCAAAGAUCAAAGAUAUGAUUGUAGAAAAUGAGGUUAGCCGUUCUUUCUUAGCAGGCUGUUGGGCAAAUGUUGCGUUCCAGUUAUUUUUGGUCAUUUGUUACUGAGAGUAUGAUAAUUACAAUUAUGCAGGCAAUACAUUAUGGAACAUCACCGUGCAUUAUCAAUCAAUGUGACCUUAAAAUUCACAAUGAAUGCAUGUUAUGCUUUUCAUUGAUUAAAUGAUCUGCAUCAUCAAUGACAUCAAUCAGUUUUGGGAGUUAUUAGGUUAAAAUAUAAAAUAUAACCUAUUCAGAUUAUGUUAUAGUUAGACAUAAGUUAAUUUAAAUAAAUGUGUGUUCCCAUUGCAAUGUACUUUAAAACUGACAUGCUCAUGUAAUCAUUAGUCAAAGGGGGUGUUUUGAUCAGAGACAAUAACAGUGUUAUUGCAACUUUAGACACCAGACGUUUACCCAUUCUAAAGACAUAUCAAUGUCAUCCUGUUCCUGGCACUCUGAAAACACUGCGAUGUCAAUAAGCCUGAUGUAUAAUCAUGGUUUUAUUAUGGUUUUCAAUGUCACAUGAUCUCUUAGAUUAGAUAGAUGCAUAUUGCAUCAAAAUUGUGGAAAGCAUGAGGGAAGAUUGUUGCUUUUUUUCUUGGCUGAAUGAAAUGCAUUUUAUUGCCUUUUGUGCACAGUGAUGUUGAUUGUCAGGUAGGCUACUGUAUGUAAAAAUCUGGGGAAUAAUGGUCCCCUUAUUGGCUUGUUGCAGUUGCCGAGGGGAACCCGUGUCAGACAUCAAACAGUUCCUUCUGAGGGGUCUGAACCUGCAUAGAGAGCCACAGACUGAGGGGGCUGGACUGGCCUCACUCAGGGAGCAGUGGAAGGCUGCGUUCACAACCCAACACAGUGACUCUCAGACAACACUGGACAGCAAAGGUAAAGCUGUGUAAUGUAACUCAGAAGACCAUCACUGAUAUUGAACACUUUUAUUACAAUAGUCUGAGAUUCCCACCAUUUGUUUGAGUCAUUUAUUACACAGAUUGGUUAAAGUCUGACAUUAUUGUCGUCAGUUCAACUAGUAAUUUAAUUAUAUUUGUAAUUAUUCCCCAAUGCUGGAAGGGGGGCCUGAGUGAAAAGGUUUGGUCACCCCUGGUGUAGCUAACUACUGGAACUACACACUUUUUUUGCAAAAAUAACAGAAAAUAUGGGUAAAGUAGGCAAAAUGUCCUUUAUUUUUCGGCAUCAGACCUUCCUAAUUUUCACUUGAAACAUUGUUUUUGUAUUUAAUAGGCUAAAUUACACAUUAUGUUAACAUCUGACUCCUGAGUAAUCUGUUCUUGCAAUUUGUAGUCUAUGGCAUUUUAGAUAAUUGAUGAUAAUGAUAAUUUUUCACGAAGUACUUUGGAUGUAGUGAACUACUUCAGUUAAGUAAACUUAUCUUUCUUAGCGGUAGCUUUAGUUUAGCUUAACUUCUUCCAGUGUGAAGUAAUUGGUAGCUUGGUAAACUAUAUUUUCAGAGUAGCUAUCCCAACACUGACUGUUAUUCUCUAUUUCAAUAGAGAACUCCAAGCAAAAGUUAUCUGGAAAUACAACAGGGCCACACUGCUGUCAACUGGUCUCUAAGAUCUACAUACAAGGUUUGUGUCAAAUGAUAGUUCCUAUUUUACUGCCAAAUAAAAUGAUUGUCAAUCUGACUUGACAAACACUGAAAAACCUUGCCAGUAUGGUUUCCCACAUGUGAAGUGACAUGUGGUGUGUGGUCUGUCUGUCUCUGCUAGACCUGGGCUGGGAGAACUGGAUCAUCUACCCAGAGAGUUUUACCUUCACCCAGUGUGCAGCCUGCAGCCCACAGCUGAACCCUGCAGGCCAACAGUGUGGAGCGCACCUUCCCCCACAGGAUUCCCCUCCAGAGGUAAUGCAUGUGCCCCUUGUCCCGCAACUUAAAACAUUAAAGCUACACUAUAAAACAUUUAAACUACACAAAGAUAGAUUGCAGGUGUCACACUGCAAAUGCAUUACUAAGAAGUAAUGAGAAGAAUUGGCAUAUGAUUUUCAAGUUUUUAGUCAAACGCACAUUUUGCGUUUUGUCCUGCUAUUCUAUCUGACUUCCAUGGAAACGUCUAUUGGUGCUUUGUCUGUAAGUGAUAAAAUAGAAUGUCUUGUGGAUCUCAGUACAAGGUCACAGGUAUAAAGGUUAGUUCCUUGCUGAUCUGAUUGGGUCUCAAACUAGUUCAACCAGGAAAUGGUAGACUCAAACAGACAGAGCAGCUAUCUUAACAACCAAAUAUGAUUUAAGGGUCAAAUUAAGACACUAUGAGACUACCCUAUGUCUUCUUUUUUUUUUUUUUUUACCACAACACAGCUGUUGCACUUUCCUUAUUUAUUUGUAUUUUUUUUUACCUCUUUCUACCCCCUGAACAAAUCUGCUACUGGACAGAUCAUACCUGAUUACUUAAUUGUAUUCCUACAGUCUUUCAGUUCAGAUUAUCACUCUCUCUAGGAAGCAACCUUGCUAAGAAACAUAACUAUAUUAAAAUACUGUAGCUUUUUAAACUGUUAUCUGAUGGCUACUUACAGUAAAGUGACCUUUCCUUUUUUAGGUUUCCUGCUGCAAACCUGCAUCCCAACACCUGGUGCCAGUGCUCUACCUGGAUGACUUCAACACACUGAUCAUCUCCUCUGUGUAUCUGACACAGGACUGCAGCUGCACACCAGCCAUCAACCCCCAUCGCCGUACUUACUAG